ACCUAAGCAAGGCGAUAGAACGUGGGUCCCGGAAUCCCUGGCCCCCAGUCCUUUUUCACUGCGCUCCCCCGGCGUGUGUAGAGCGGAGGUGGACAUGGAGCCUCAGAGAUCUCCCCUAUUAGAAGUAAAGGGGAAUAGAGACCUGAAGAGACACCUAGUUAAGGCCUCUUCCCGGCUCCCUCUCCCAGGAAGCAGACUCAAGAGGAGACUUGAUCAGAUGGAGGAUGCCUUGGAGCCUGAGAAGAAGCGGACACGAGGCCUGGGCACAGCACCCACAAUUGCCACAUCCCUCCCCAGAGCACCACACCUUACCACAGUGCCACAGAAUACAGCUCAAAAAGUUUCCAGGAAGACAGGACCUCGGUGUUCUACAGCUAUUAACACAGUGGUGAAAAACCAGAAGCCAGUCCCUGCUGUUGCUGUCCAGAAGCCUAGCGCAUCAGCUGUUCCUCCCAUGGUAGGAGGGAAGAAACCCAGUAAACGUCCAGCCUGGGACUUAAAGGGUCAGUUAUGUGACCUAAAUGCAGAGCUGAAAUGUUGUCGUGAAAGGUCUCAAACAUUGGACCAGGAGAACCAGCAGCUGCGGGACCAGCUCAGAGAUGCCCAACAACAGGCCAAUGCCCUGGGGACAGAGCGUAGGACACUGGAAGGGGAAUUGGCCAGGGUACAGGCUCAGGCUGAGCAAGGUCAACAAGAGCUAAAAAACCUGAGUGCCCGUGUUCUGGAGCUGGAAGAGCGGCUGGGCAUGCAGGAGGGCUUGGUUCAAGAGCUUCAGAAAGAACAGCUGGAAUUACAAGAGGAGCGGAGGCAACUGACCUCCCGACUGGAGCAGCAGGAGGGAAGGCUUCAGGCUUCAGAAGCAGCUCUGUCAAGCAGCCAAGCAGAGGUGGCAUCUCUGCAGCAGGAGACUGCAGCCCAGGCAGCCUUACUAGCUGAGCGAGGAGAACGUCUCCAUGGGUUAGAAAUGGAACGCCGGCGACUGCACAACCAGCUGCAGGAACUUAAGGGCAACAUCCGUGUAUUUUGCCGGGUCCGCCCUGUCCUUCCAGGGGAGCCUACCCCACCCUCUGGCUUCCUCCUGUUUCCCUCUGGCCCUGGUGGGCCUUCUGAUCUUCCAACCCGCCUUAGUCUCUCCCGGACUGAUGAACGGCGUGGGACCCUAAGUGGGGCACCAGCCCCUAUGACCCGCCAUGACUUCUCCUUUGACCGGGUAUUCCCACCAGGAAGUAGACAGGAUGAAGUGUUUGAGGAGAUUUCCAUGCUUGUCCAGUCAGCCCUGGAUGGCUACCCAGUUUGCAUCUUUGCCUAUGGCCAGACAGGCAGCGGCAAGACCUUCACAAUGGAGGGUGGGCCUGGCGGAGACCCUCAGCUAGAGGGGCUGAUCCCUCGGGCUCUGCGGCAUCUCUUCUCUAUGGCUCAGGAGCUGGGUGGCCAAGGUUGGACCUACAGCUUCGUGGCAAGCUACGUAGAAAUAUACAAUGAGACUGUCAGAGACCUGCUGGCCACUGGAAACCGGAAGGGCCAAGGGGGCGAGUGUGAGAUUCGCCGUGCAGGGCCAGGGAGUGAGGAGCUUACUGUCACCAAUGCUCGAUAUGUUCCUGUCUCCUGUGAGAAAGAAGUGAGGGCCCUGCUCCGUCUAGCCCACCAGAACCGGGCUGUGGCCCGCACAGCCCAGAAUGAACGGUCAUCACGUAGCCACAGUGUGUUCCAACUACAGAUCUCUGGAGAGCACUCUAGCCGAGGCCUGCAAUGUGGGGCCCCACUCAGCCUAGUGGACCUGGCUGGGAGCGAGCGGCUUGACCCAGCCUUAGCCCUGGGCCCAGAGGAGCGGGAACGCCUUAGGGAAACACAGGCCAUUAACAGCAGCCUGUCUACUCUGGGACUUGUCAUCAUGGCCCUGAGCAAUAAGGAGUCCCACGUGCCUUACCGGAACAGCAAGCUCACCUACCUGCUGCAGAACUCUCUGGGUGGCAGCUCUAAGAUGCUCAUGUUUGUGAACAUUUCUCCACUAGAAGAAAAUGUCUCCGAGACUCUCAACUCUCUACGCUUUGCCUCCAAGGUGAACCAGUGUGUUAUUGGUACUGCUCAGGCCAACAGAAAGUGAUGACGGAUCCAGAUCUUCUAUGUGUGUGUGUUGGGGGUGGGCGCUGAGGGAUGGUUUAUUAGGUGGAGGGGCUAUGUAUAAAUAAAGAACAG